UACCUUGUGGAAGAAGGUCCCUUCUUUACCUUGUGGAAGAAGUGGAAAAAAGUUGAAAAAGAAGUGAAAGAGACGAUCAAACUACAAUCUGAGCUUUAUAUAUAAAGUUUCCAGUGUUUCCUUUGCAUUAUUCUUGCUUUUAGGCUCUGAACAUUCUCAAAAGAAUUUGCAUUUUUCUUUAUUCUUUAUCAUGGCUUACAUCCCACCUCACAAACGACACUCGAAGUACACAAAGACGUCUUCACUGAGCCCAGAGCUGCUUUCUCCUCUGUUCAACAACAAUCUGAAAUUCAGGCCGUCAAGAACUAAUUUUAAUGCACAGAAACAGAGAAGUGGAAAGAUUGUUUAUGCAGAAAAUUCUAUAUCCAGGUGGUUCACAGUUGGUUUGGACGAUCGUAAUCAGUUUCCAGCUUCUGUUCAUCUCCAACCUGUAUCCUUGAAAUCUGUCGAGGGCAAAGUUGGUGAAAAGUCUCUAGCUUUGAUCAACAGCGAUAUAGAAAGUAGCAGAGGGGAUUUAGAGCGCUUUUCAAGAAACCCAUGGGAUUUCAUAGUAGACAAUGUGAUGGAAGAUCUAGUUUCUUCUUUUGAACGUGUGAGGAACGAAAUGGAGUCUCAGAAACUUGAAGAAGUGAAGCCAACUUUAGCUGCUAGAUUUGGCAAAGUUAUUUUUCGUGGGAGCCCUUCAUUUAACAAAGAAUCAGUCACAAAUGAAAACGCAUUGAGACAGAUGAAGAGGUCAUUUUACACAAAUAUUCCCAAGUCAUAUAUGGAAUUCAUACAAGAGGAAGGUGCCCCAAAGAUUGGAGUUGAAUUUGAAGAGGCGAAAGACAUUUACCAUGUCAAGUUGUCCGACACCACACGACCAGGUUCACUUACUUUUUGCAAGUGCAUUGUGAUGAAAGAACAAGGAAAGCUUCAACUGCACAAGAUUGAACUCAACCAAGUGCGGCACAUGGUCAUGGACAUAUCUUGCAUUGAGAAGAAUUUGGAUCUGAGGCUGAUACUAUGCACCAAAAGGAUUAUAACUGCUCCUACUGAUGAUGACAUGAAGAGCAUAAGAGAGUUGAUUGAUUCUGCUGUUCUAGAUUCCGGAGUUAAGGGUGGGCUAAGAUGGCCAUUAGGGAAGGCAACUUCGGGAGAUAAAUUUAGUGUGGUUGGUGUCUGGCACACCAUAACUAAAUCAUAUAAGAACCCGUCAAUGAGGCUAAAGGUCAGAGACGCUGAUCGAUUUGAUUUCAGGACUUCAAUUGGGGAAGUUACUAGGGAGAUCGUUAUUAAGCUGAAAAGGGUAGUUUCAGAAUUGAAGGAACCUCAAUUUGAUGUGAAUCUGAUUACUGAGAUGCUUAAAGACGACCUGAGGGUUUUAUGGAACUUAUUCUGCUGCGAAAGCCUUCUGAAAUGACUUUGCACGUUGUAAACCACACUAUGGUUGUGAGUAAUGUAACUAUUUACCCCCUAGUGAUUUUCUAUUAAACUUUUGAAACUCAUCUUUCCUUUCUUCACAAAAUCAAUAUUUGUGUUCACUUUAGUAUUUCUUAUUUGAGUGCACUCUGCUAAUCACGUUAAGAGAAAUGUGUUUUAGCGCUUAGUGGUCCAACUAAAUCCAACCCAUUUAAAGUCAAUCUUGUUAACCCUGGUCUUAUUAUGUAGCAGAACCCGAAUGUGCAAUUCACAAUAUUUAAAUGAGAUGUAUAUGCUGAAUGACCGUUCGUAAGUAGAAAGUUUUUUGGAAUUUACAUGAAUUGGUCUUUAAG